AUGGGGACGGGAAAGAAGAAGAUUGAGAUAAAGAAAAAGGAGAAAGACUCUGACAGAAUGGUGACAUUCUCAAAGAGACGCCAAGGCCUCUUCAAGAAAGCCCGCGAGCUUCAUCUGAGAACCGGGGCUAACGUAGCUAUCCUCGUUUUCUCGGAGGCCGGUAGGGUUUACACUCACGGUGACCCCUCCUUUGAAGCCACCAUUGAUAAGUACUUGACCACUCACCAAGAAAUACACGACGAUCAUGUUCCGACCCGCUGGGUUUACAGUCACGGUGACCCAUUCUCUGAGACCACCAUGGUUAAGUACUUGACCACUCACCAAGAAAUUAUCCAUGACGAUCACGUUCCGACCGGCCAGGUUUACACUCACGGUGACCUAUCCUCUGAGGCCACCACUGAUAAGUACUUGACGACUAACCAAGAAAGCCACGGAGAUUGUGAGACUAACUCGUUGAGGACAUGGCUGGACUCUAUACAAGCUGAAGCCUAUAAUGACAUGGACCAGCUACUUCAGUUGAAGAUGGGUUUGGAAGAGAUUAAAGAAAAACUGGUUCAGAGGAUUGGUGAUGAGUUUGUUCAUUCUUUGUUGGUCUAA